AUGUGCUGUAGCCGGCAGCGUAUUGAUACCCUGUUGAAAGCCCAAAGCACAACGGCACUGCGUACCAGUUGUGCUUACCGCACGGUGUCGUAUGCGGCGGCAAACAUAAUUGUGGCAAUGCCACCCAUCGACCUGUUGAUGGCUGAAAGAACCUUGGCGCACUACAAUCGUAGAUCGCUCGAGAUCGACUACCCGGAGGUCUUGGUACAUCUGCGUGAACAGACUCUUCAGCAACGGAGUGAACGUAUUCGAACCAAGACCAAGGGUGCUUGGACGAGAACGUUAAUACAAGACGUGGCAGGAUGGUGCAGGAGGAGAAAUGGACAUCUGUCUUUCCAUCUUACGCAGAUGUUAAGUGGACAUGGGUGA